AUGGCAGCUGCAGAUGCGCCGCCCCUUCAUGGGGAGGACAAGGAAGAAAUUGCCGAAAUCGAGGGGGUUACCGCUGACGCCUACUCCAGCGUCGCCCAGCAGCGUGCAUCGAACAGGAAGCUGCGAGAACAAGCGGAGGAUAGAAGAGAAGACCACAAGCCCAAAUUUAUCCAGCCACACAAGGAGAAGAGGUUCAAGAUCUACAUGAAGUACGAAGGACGAAAAGGUCCUCCGGCGUGGAUCAAAUCCCGCUUGCCCAAGCAUGGUGGCUACGAGGAUGGCCCGUCGGUCGCAAUCAAGAAGAUGUUUGUGAACUUUUACAAUCGAGUCCGAGAAAUGCUGUCUGUUCAUAGCGUACACUUGCGCAGUGAGACUGGCAUUGCCAUUCCGGAUGAGGAUGCACUUGCUGGCUAUGUCGGAUACGGUGGCCUCAUCUACGUCGUAGACGGGUCUCCCCCCGGAAAGAUGCCCGAGAAUGUCGUGUACUUUUGGGGUGCCAACUCCUGGAGUGAUCCGAAAGGCGAGACGCCAUCGCCCGUCCUGACGCUUCAGCGCAAGCGAAUAAGCCAGAUCAGUGUCGGCAAAGAGCACGCGGUUGCACUGACGGAGGGCGGUCGCGUUGUUGCAUGGGGCAAGAACGACUUCGCACAGCUGGGAACUGGCGAUGAGGAGAACCGCGCGCUUCCAUCGUUGACUGAGUUGCCAUACGAGACUUACAUCUCGCAGAUUGCAGCUGGAGGCAACUAUACCAUAGGCGUCACCAAGCGAGGGGAGGUUUGGAGCUGGGGGCGAUUCCAGGCGUCCAACUUCCCCAGGCUUUUUACAGACACUUGGUGCAAUGGCUACGAGGCCAAGGGUGAGAUGGGCCUGAAGGGCCUCAAGAUAAUGCGCGUGAGUGCUGGCGAUCAGCACAUGGGAGCGCUCACCAAAGAGGGCAAGCUCUACACCUGGGGCUACAACGAUUUUGGUCAGCUAGGCUGGGGCUUGCACGGAGAGGGAAGAGUUGGUCAGCAGCGGCCGAAUCAGGUCAAAGGUCUCCUGGAGAACGAGGAGAUCAUAGACUUUGCAUGUGGAGGUGGCCACACAGUGGCCAUCACAAAGAGCUGCAGAGUUUUCGGUUGGGGGUCGAACACCAAUGGGCAGUUGGGACAUGCCAUGCGUCAAUGCUUUCCGGAGCCGGUCGAGGUACCGCUGGGCGAUCCAGUGUCGAGGGUGCGGGCUGGCUGGCAGUGUACAGCAUACAUCACUGAGAGUGCCCGGCCAAUUAUUUGCGGCGGCAUCCGAGCAGAGGGCCCAAGCAUUGCUGACAUGCAGCAAGGCGAGGAUGGCGAAGGACCUGCACCAGAGAUGUCCAAAGGAGGCUACGGGGGCGGUCCGCAAGCGGAGGCUGGUGUCAUGGACAUGGUCAGCACCACCGGUGUUGAAGUCAUGACGGAAGUUGUCACUGAAGCCUCGGUGGGUGAGGCUCACGGAGUCCUGGUGUGCUAUGAUGGCACUCUCCGCGGCUGGGGGUACAACAGGCAGAAGCAAGCAAUUGGCGACGAGUCUGAUGACACCUUCGUCAAGCCACAGGCUGUGGAUGACAUUCCCUUCGACGAGUACAAGGGGCUGAGUGUUGCAGUUGGCGGAGCUCAGAGCUAUGCCAUCCUGCAGCCACGUUACGUACAGAGCAUUGGAAGAGUUGGGGGUUUUGCCAGUGAGUUCAAGGUCGAGGUGACCUUGGAGGACAGUGCGAAGGAGGGAGGAGAGUCUGAAGCCCAGGUCGCUUCAAAGCUAGUGGACGCGUCAUUGGAGGAGGAGGCGAAGCCAGCGGGACCUUUGCAGGUAUUUGUGUGCUCCGAUGAGUUUGAGAUCGCAUGUGGAUGCGCAAUCUGCUACAGCGUUUUUGUCAUUUGCCUGCAGACCGAUGGAGUGGACUACCCAUUCUUCAUACAGUUCUCGGAGAGCGCUGUCACCGCAUUCUUCCUGCUGGAGUGGUGCCUGAGAGUAGUGGUCUUUGGACGACGGUGGUUUAAGGAGAUCAGUCCUUGGAUGGACACUUUCAUUGUGUGGUGCCCGGGUGUCAUUGUGGUUUGGAUCAUGCAACCACUCCAGAUUGAAGAGGAGAUGAGUGACCUUUUCAAAUUCUUCCGCAUUGCUCGAAUGCUUCGCUUUGUGCAACUAGUCAAAACCUUCAAGCACGUUGGUGCUUUUGAAGACCUAUGGAAGUUGGUGCGUGGAUUGGUGAGCAGCGGCGGUACUCUACUUUCAGCUAUGAGCCUGAUCGUGUGCAACCUCUACGUCUUUGCCAUCUUUUGCUGUGAACUGAUUGGCUUCCAAGAAUUCGGCGAGACUGCCUCAGAUGAUGCCAAGGAGGCCAAAGAGAGGUUCAAAGGCAUCAGUGCCUCCAUGCUGACUCUAACCAGAUUCAUGCAUGGAGAUGACUCUCAGGGCAUAAUGGAUGCGCUGGUGACAGAAUUGCCGUUCAUAUGGAUUUUUUUGUGGCUGUUUACGGCACUGUCGUCCUUUGUCCUGUUGAAUCUGGUCACGGCCGUCAUUGUCCAGCAAGCGAUGGAUAUGUCGAAAGGCGAUGAGAAAGAGAUGGCACUUAUUCGGAAGCGAGAGCAAGAGCGCGAGAUGAAAGAGCUGGAAGAGAUGUUUCGCGAGAUCGAUGAGGAUGGAAGCGGCAUCGUCAGCCUUGCUGAGUUCAAGGAGGCUUUCAAGGAUCAGGCGAUUUGUGACAAGUUCAUGAUGCUUGGGUUGAAGGAAGAGCAGGCCAUGGAGCUCUUUGCCUUGCUGGACACCGGUGGGGAGGGGGAGCUGGACCUCUCGGAGUUCAUGCAAGGCAUGAGCCAGCUGAAGGGAGUGGCCAAGAACAAGGACUUGGUGAUGCUGGUGAAAGGCAUCGAGCGGCUCGGCAAGGGCAUCAACAGGAUGGGUGAAAGCGUGGGCGUACAAGGAGAGGGAGACAAGGAGCUCCCAGAGGAGUGCAGCCUGAAGGAGCGCGUGGUCCACCUUCACGGCAAGCUGAACGACCGCCUCAGGAAGACCGAGGAUGACAUGCAGAAGUUUGCGAAGCGCAUGGACAAGAUGAUGAGCCAGGCUGAGGUAGCAAUCAGACGCUCAAAAUCUGGAGGUCACUCAAGAAGCAAGACUGACGACUUUGGCCGAAGCAAGUCAAAAAGCAAAGAUAUGGGCGGCAAGGCAAGGAGCGAGGACAGGAAGGAUCGUGCGAAGGAUGGCAGAGAGCCAAAAGAAGCAAAGGAGAGGAGGGAGCCGAAGGAGCCGAAGGAGCCAAGGGAGCCGAAGGAGCCUCGCGAAAAGAAGGAGAAGAAGGAGCGCCGCAAGAAGAAAGAUGAGGCGGAGGAGGUGCUGCAUGAUUCUGAACUCUGA